AUGUUGCCCCUUUCCAUCAAGGACGAUGAGUACAAGCCGCCCAAGCUCAACCUGCUCAGGAAGAUGUCGGGCUGGUUCAGGUCCAUCCUGGCGGACAAGACCUCCCGCAACCUCUUCUUCUUUCUCUGCCUCAACCUCUCCUUCGCCUUCGUGGAGCUGCUCUACGGCAUCUGGAGUAACAGUUUAGGUCUAAUAUCAGAUUCUUUUCAUAUGUUUUUUGACUGUACUGCUCUAUUGGCUGGAUUAGCAGCUUCAGUUAUUUCAAAAUGGAGGUCAAACGAUGCUUUCUCAUAUGGGUAUGUUCGAGCAGAAGUACUUGCUGGUUUUGUAAAUGGUUUAUUCCUCAUCUUUACAGCAUUCUUCAUUUUUUCUGAAGGUGUUGAGAGAGCACUUGAACCUCCUGAUGUGCACCAUGAGAGACUUCUUCCUGUUUCUAUACUAGGAUUCAUUGUAAAUCUUAUAGGAAUAUUUGUUUUUCAACAUGGAGGUCAUGGGCAUUCACAUGGCUCUGGGCAUGAACACAGCCAUUCUCUAUUUAAUGGUGGUCUCAGCCACGGACACAGUCAUGGAGGUCAUGGUCACAGCCAUGAACAUAAACAUGUGCAUGGACACACUCAUGAUCAUGGCCAUAGCCAUGGACACUCUCACGGUCAGGAUUAUUGUCAUGAUGACCAUUCUCUUGAAGGGAUGGCUGGAUCCAGCAAACAGAUUUUACAAGGUGUAUUUCUACACAUUGUGGCAGACACUCUCGGAAGUAUUGGUGUAAUCAUAUCUGCUAUAUUGAUGCAGAACUAUGGUCUAAUGAUAGCAGAUCCUAUUUGUUCAAUGCUGAUAGCACUACUUAUAGGUGUAAGUAUUGUUCCACUUUUAAAAGAAUCCAUUGGAAUUUUGAUGCAGCGAACUCCUCCUUCCCUGGAAAAUGCCCUGCCUCAGUGCUACCAGAGGGUGCAGCAGUUGCAAGGAGUUUACAGUUUACAUGAUCCACAUUUCUGGACCCUCUGUACUGAUGUUUACAUAGGGACUUUGAAAUUAUUAGUAGCUCCUGAUGCUGAUGGAAGGUGGAUUCUAAGCCAGACUCACAAUAUUUUUACUCAGGCAGGAGUAAGACAGCUUUACAUACAGAUUGAUGUCGCAGCCGUUUAGUGAAUUUCUGAAAUUGUGCUGUUGGACCAAAGUUUUCUGUACUGUAAUGGUAUAACAACAUACUUCUCAAGACAGAGCCUGCCUCCACCACUGUUCUGGAAUUGACUGAAUAGAUUUCUGCCCUUGGGCUAUGGAUGGAGUUCACUUCUAAGGAGUAAAUAUUGAAUGAAUGUUAUGGACUUUGGGUCUUGUCUUUUUGUGGCCUCUAAACUUGUAUGUCUUUGAGGGUUUUUUACUUACUAAGAUUGUGGUACUGGAAACCCUGUCAUAUCUUCAGUAAAGCUGCUGAAACCACUGCUCAUUCCCAUAAAACCAGUGUUACCAACAAUUGGAAACUUGUUUUGUAGAUAAUGUCACAAUGGCUGACAUGCUUCAAUAUAAUUGUAUGUUUGUACAAUUGUUUGUACUUUGCAAACUUAAUGAACCAAACCAUAUUGGGUUUUCAAAGUGCCUUUUAUAUCAGGAGAGGUAUUUGCCAGCAUAAAUAUGGAGCAUCAAAGGGUUUUAUUACUUUUACAGAUAUCUUGUAUGCAGUCUCAUUAUUUACUAGCGAUGUAUGUGGGACAUUUGUGUACUUGUAUAACUAGAUGUUAGACUUCCCUUAUACUUGCAUCUUACCAAACAGACAGAAAAAUUCUAAAUGUAAAAGGCAAAGCUGUUGUGAAGACACUUGCUUCCAAAACAAGCUGGAUAUUUUGUUGCACGUAUCUUGUGGAAAUUAUUUUAGUCAAAAUAUUAGAUUUAAUUUCAGUUCUUAGUCUCUUGAUACUGUUGAGAGUAAUGAGACAUUACAUGAUGCUACUCAUGUUCAUAGUCACUGAAACAACAGGCAGCUGGGGGAAGACACUGGUGAUGGAAGCAAUGCUUGCAGGUUUUUUACCUUCCAAAUUAUGUGGUGGGAAAAAUGAAAUCCCUAAAUUG